AUGUCGUUAUGCGGAGGCCGCGGUGGCGGCAGCGGCGACCAAGACGGCGGGGAAGGCGGCGAGGGCUCCGAGGGCUCCGGUGGCAGCGGCGGCGGCUCCUCCAGCCCGGCCCCUACCGGCCCCGCGGGCCUUCUGUGCCGGCGUCUGCGCGGCGCCUCCCUGAUGGCCCGGCGGAGGCCCGAGCUUCUGUGCGGGGUCGUGGCGGUGGGCUGUGCGCUGCUCCUGGCCCUCAAGUUCACGUGCAGUCGUGCAAAAGAUGUGAUAAUACCAGCAAAACCACCAGUAAAUUUCUUCUCUUCAAGAUCUCCUGUCCUUGACCUCUUCCAAGGACAGUUGGACUAUGCAGAAUACAUUCGUCGAGAUUCAGAAGUGGUCUUGUUGUUUUUCUAUGCUCCAUGGUGUGGACAGUCUAUUGCUGCAAAGGGAGAAAUUGAACAAGUAGCAAACAGGCUUGCAGACCAGGUGCUGUUUGUGGCAAUUAACUGUUGGUGGAACCAAGGGAAAUGCAGAAAACAGAAACACUUCUUUUACUUUCCUGUAAUAUAUCUGUACCAUCGGAGUUUUGGACCAAUUGAGUACAAAGGCCCCUUGCGUGCUGUUUACAUUGAGAAGUUUGUUCGCCGGGUGAUGAUGCCACUUCUCUACAUCCCCUCUCGGUCAGAAUUACUAGAUUUUCUCUCAAAUUAUGAGGUCCUGGUUUGGGGGACUUGUGAGAAUGUUUGUGUCCUUAGAGAAGCUAGUAUGGCAAAACUAUUUGGGGAAAAGCCUGGUGUACUUGGAUAUUUUGAGUUCAGUGGUUCUCCCCAGCCUCCUGGUUAUUUGACAUUCUUCACUUCAGCCUUACAUUCAUUAAAGAAAGAUUACCUAGGAACAUUACGCUUUGGUGUUAUCACAAAUAAACAUCUUGCCAAACUGGUGUCCUUGGUGCACUCUGGAAGUGUGUAUUUACAUAGGCAUUUCAACACAUCACUUGUCUUUCCCAGAGAAGUAAUGAACUACACAGCUGAGAAUAUUUACAAAUGGGCUUUAGAAAAUCGAGAAAUGCUUGUUCAAUGGCUGCGACCACAUGGAGGGAAAAGUCUUCUCCUGAAUAAUGAACUCAAGAAAGGACCAGCACUUUUUUUAUUUAUACCUUUUAAUCCCUUAGCUGAAAGUCAUCCUCUAUUAGAUGAGAUUACCGAAGUGGCCUUGGAAUACAACAACUGUAAUAAAAGUCAGGUAGUUGAACAACUACUUCAACACCUGAGACACGUGGAUUCAUCAACAUUGGAUUCUCUGGUAUCCAACCCCCCAAUCCAACUGGCAGAAUCAUCUUCAAUAACUGAGUCCCCAUGCUGCAAUACUGUGGUGCUUCCCCAGUGGCAUUCCAUCUCAAGAACCCACAAUGUCUGUGAGCUUUGUAUCAACCAGUCAACUGGGAUUAAGCCAAGUAAAGUCAAUGUGCCACAGUGCAGUUUUUUUGAAAUAGCAGCAGCUUUGGACUCAUUCUACCUCAAGGAACACACCUUCUAUCAAGUUACAUCAGAUAGCAUAGAAUGCAGCAAUUUUUUAAGUUUCUAUAGUCCUUUUAGCUACUACACUGCAUGUUGCAGGACCAUGAAUAGGGGCUUGAUGAGCUUCACUAAUUCCGAAGAGGAUAUCUUUCAGUCCCCUCCCAUCGCACUUUCUUCCCAUGAGAAGAAAUGUGAGGUUGAUAACCCAACUUCUGUUCCUCACAUUGAGGAGAGCAUCCCUCUCUUUCCUGAUGUUGACAUUAAUAGCACAAGUAUCACCGGCCUGAGCUGCAGGACCAACAAGACCUUGAACCUUUAUCUAUUGGAUUCAAAUUUGUUCUGGUUGUAUGCAGAAAGGCUGGGUGCAUCAAGUUCGACUCAGGUUAAAGAGUUUGCCGCUAUUGUUGAUGUAAAAGAAGAAUCUCAUUAUAUCUUGGACCCCACACAAGCUCUUGUAAAGCCCACUCUAGAGUCUUUUAUUCAGAACUUCAGUGUACUCUACAGUCCAUUGAAAAGGCACCUUAUUGGAAGUGACACUGUCCAUUUUCCUUCUCAGCACAUAAUCUCUGAAGUUACAACUGAUACCUUUUGGGAGGUAGUCCUUAGAAAACAGGAUGUUUUAUUACUGUAUUAUGCCCGUUGGUGUGGGUUCUGUGCAUCUCUCAAUCAUGUUUUCAUCCAGCUUGCUCGUCUUCUGCCUCCAGAUAAAUUCACUGUGGCCAGGAUUGAUAUAGGUCAGAAUGAUCUUCCCUGGGAAUUUAUGGUUGACCAUCUCCCUACCAUUUUGUUUUUUCCAUGCAACAGGAAGGACUUGAGUGUGAAAUUUCCCGAGGACUCCGCCAUCACCCUUCCCAAUCUGCUGAAGUUCAUUCUGCGUUAUUCAGACCCCAUUUCCACUGUUGGGAGCUCAGCUGACCCCCAAACCAAAGAACGUCUUCAGAAUGAGGCAGUAUUACAGAAAGGACACAUAGCCCACUUAGAGAAAGAGAUUCAUAAAUUAAGAGCAGAAAUUACCUCUCUUCACCAGGCUCAAGCCCAAGUGGAAUCCCAACUUUCAGAUGCCAGAAGAGAUAAACACAGACUGCAAAAGCAAAAACAAACACUGGAAAAGCAACAUAGUGUUCUUCAGCUCCACAGUGAGCAGUUAGAGGCCCUCUACGAGCAGAAAACCAGAGAGCUGGAGGAGAUGGCAGUGAAGCUUCAAGAAUUAGCAGAUGCAUCAGAAAACCUUUUAACAGAAAACGCUUUACUGAAAAUCUUAGUAGCAACAAUGGAAGGAAAAUUAGAAAAUGAAGAAUCUGAAAAGUCUAGUACUCUACAAGAGACACUUUCUCAUGAAACUGAACUCCAGUCACGGGACAACACAAAACUUGCCACUAAUAUGAGUUCUCCUAUGGCUUCUGAACAGAAUAAUGAAAAUAGGACAGAUUGAUUUUUAAGAUAAUAUGAAGAAAUCAGAUGGGACAGUUGUAUACUGGGAAGAUAAUUUAUGCAAAUUUUAUUGAAAUUCAUUGUAAAUAAAAAUUUUUCUCAGUGGUCUAGAAAAUCAAAGUGGAUGAUCAUUCAACUUAAAACUGAAUGGGGAAACAUUCCUUAUAUUUAUUGCACAAACUUGGUAGGUUGGAGACCAAAACAGUAGUACAGGUCCUUGAGAAUAAGAAUCUGAAAAACUAGCCCGUAUUUAAGUGACAUUAACAAACAACCUAGCAUUUCCCCUACUAUAGUUUUCUAAUCAUUACUUGUCACCUGUUCAGCAAACUGGAAAUAUAAUAAACCAUUUAGAGUAGCUUUGAGAGGUUAGUAAAUCUUCAGACUUAUAAGUGAUUGAAAGGCUUUAGAAGCUAAAUAUUUAUAUUGAUUGGUAAGCGUGGUAAAAGCUGGCUUUUUGCCUGGCAUUUUACUGGCCAGUUUUAUUGGUAUUUCCAUCUUAAGCAAAGCUUUAAUCUAAUAAGUGGUUGUGCCACUAAUCACCAAAUGUCUGCCUUUGAGAAGUCUGAUUUUAAAAAUAAAAAGCAAAAUUAAGUUCUCUCUGAUGACCAUAUGGAAGGGGAAAAAAAAAACACUUCCUUAAAAACUUGGGAGAAAUAAACAGUAUUUUAAAAAUUAUCAACCCUAUAAAAAGCCAGACAUGGUUCUAAAACACAGGGCAGUUAAAAGAAUCUGUUGGAUGACCUCAGCAUACUCCAUAAAAUGCAAGUGUGGAGUUGCCUUUGGGUUACUUUGCUAGCUACCUGAAUCAAGGGACUGUUUUCCUACAGAGCAAAAUGAUGUCAGAGGUAGAAAGCUUUGGAAGUUAAGUUUUUUGAUGUGAUUAAGUGAAUGGCUUGCCCCUCCUGGGAUCUGUUCAUCUUCAGCUUGCAUCCCCCUCUGCCUCCCAUUCCUUUCAUCCUUGGGCCCAGCUAUUGGUUCUCCCUUUACUUCAUAAGCCAUAAGCAGCCAUCAGAUUUGCACUUACCAUUGUCUCUGUAAAUCAAGAGUACUUCCCAGCAUUCCCGAAUUGAGACUCCAAUGAUAUGUGACUUUAUUAACUGCAACUUGACUGGUAUCCCCAAAAUGCUGGAUCAAGCUUUUACUGUAAAGCAGGGGUUCUUAACUUGGGGCCCACGAACUUAAAAAAAACAACUAUAUUUUGAUAUCUGUAUUUCAAUAAAUUAGUUUCCUUUGUAAUCUUAUGUAUUUUAUUGUAUGCAUUUAAAAUAGUCUAAUGAAGGGGGCCUUCAUUAGGUGUCGCCAGACUGCCACUUCUGCCAUGACGUACGAGUUUGGGAAGAACCCCUGCUACUGUUAAGUCUUAAGUCCCUCCCGUCAAAACAAAAUUUUAAUAACAAGAAGGAAUGAUGGAAACCCAUUUAGUUUGUCGUUGUUUUUUAACAUUAAUAUUAUUUACUUAGUACAUACAUCCUCGGUCUUCCCCAUCACAAUUGUGUGCUCGGAUCACUUCCAUAUUUAUUUAUAGUUGUUCAUUGUGUAGAAAUCACAUCGGCUAAUCUUGAAGGAUUCCUCCAAAAUGAGGUUAGGCACGGAUAUUUUUUUUUUAUCAUGAAUGCUUAAAUGAACACUAAAUUCAAAUUCUCACUGUGCCUUGUCAAAUCUAUAUUAUUCUAAUGCAAAAUUCAUACCAGUGUACAAACAAGUGACUUCUGAGAAUGGGCAGAAACUUGAGGAUUUUUUGAGGUGGGAAGCUGGCUAAAUUGUGAUGAAAGCCAUUCGUCUGAAAAUGGAAGAAACCCUGCCUUCCUAAACUGGGUCAUUUCCCCCAAAAGUACUGCAGAUCCACACACACACAAGUGGUUUCUGAAUGGCCACUAAGAUGCUUGCUUGCCUCUAGCUUACCACAUGCUUGCAGAAUGUUCCUGAAGCCUGAUGAGGGAAUUCCAGGCACGCCUCUACUGAUUUGCUGAGGAAGGUAAUCAUCCAAUCCCUAUGGAGAGUUAACUAGGAAUUUUGUUUCUGAAAAGAAACGGCCUCCCUCGAGCCUCUUUCGCCAUUCCCUUCCAGUUCAAAAAAACACAUUAAAUAGCAGGAAAUAAGUCUGUUGCCGUCUCUACGGGGACACUUGGGUUCGCUUAGACUAAGUAGAUUUCAUAUAGGUUCACGUGUAAAUCAUAGCAGUUACAGCAAGCUAGCACUAAAGGAACGCCAGUCGGAGGGGGAAAAAAGACGCUUCUAUUCUUUUGACAUGCGUUAAAAACACAGAGGAAAAACUGCUCUGCUGCUCUAAAGUAGCCUGGCAACCUUCCGGACUCUCCUGGGCCAGCUGCCCAUCCUUCACUGGCUCCCAGAGGAUACAGCAGCUUCCUUGCAAUGACUGUACAGCGAGCGGGAACGAGGUUCCUACCCAGCGGCCUGGUCCUGCUCCCGAAGGAUGGAGGCGCCGCUCCUUUUCUGGCCUACCGCUACCCGCGACAGCGGCCAAACUCUCCUACGCAUCAUCCCUCGUUUCCUAUAAAGUGACCCACAGAACUUAAAAACGACUCUUUACAUAUUUACAGCUGUGACUCCUAACUAGCUGGCCGACGGCGAUGUGGCCGCCACGGGAGCCUCCCCCGCGGCGGGGGCUCCGUCGGUCGGACCGAGCCGUCUAUGACGGACCGGCAGCUCCGUGUGCUAUAUUAUUUUAAAGAAAAACAAAACAAAAACAAAAACCCAAGUGCUUCUGGUGCCUAUGUACAGUUCACAGUUUUGUUAGCUAGUUCACAUUACAGUAGUAGCUCCAUCAAAAACA